GUCGGCAGUCAAAGGUCAGUAAAUAGUGGUGAUGUCAUGUGGGCAAGAUGGCGGAAGGGGAGGACGUGGGCUGGUGGCGGAGCUGGCUUCAGCAGAGCUACCAAGCAGUCAAAGAGAAGUCCUCUGAAGCUUUGGAGUUUAUGAAGCGGGACCUGGCCGAGUUCUCCCAGGUGGUUCAGCAUGACACUGCCUGCACCAUUGCAGCCACGGCCAGUGUGGUCAAGGAGAAACUGGCUACUGAAGGCUCUUCAGGGGCGACAGAGAAGAUGAAGAAGGGUUUGUCUGACUUCCUGGGCGUGAUCUCAGACACUUUUGCCCCCUCACCGGACAAAACCAUUGAAUGUGAUGUCAUCACCUUGAUGGGCACACCCUCUGGCACAGCUGAGCCCUAUGAUGGAACUAAGGCUCGGCUCUAUAGCCUGCAGUCAGACCCAGCAACCUACUGCAAUGAACCAGAUGGGCCCCCGGAAUUGUUUGACGCCUGGCUCUCCCAGUUCUGCUUGGAGGAGAAGAAGGGGCAGAUCUCAGAGCUCCUUGUAGGCAGCCCUUCCAUCCGGGCCCUCUACACCAAGAUGGUCCCAGCAGCUGUUUCUCAUUCAGAAUUUUGGCAUCGCUAUUUCUAUAAAGUCCAUCAACUAGAGCAGGAGCAGGCCCGAAGGGAUGCCCUGAAGCAACGGGCAGAACAGAACAUCUCUGAAGAGCCUGGCUGGGAAGAGGAAGAAGAGGAGCUUGGGGGCAUUUCACCCACAUCUCCAAAAGAGGCAAAAGUUUUGGUCCCCAUGACUGAAACUUCCACACCACCUGAAGGAAGAGCUGGACCCCAGAGCCCCUGUGAAGAGAAUCUGGUGAUCCCAGUUGAGGCCCCAGCAGAAGUGACUCCAUCAGAGAGCAGUGAAAGCAUCUCUCUCGUGACACAGAUCGCCAACCCUGCCACCUCACCUGAAGCCCCUGUGCUGCCCAAGGACCUAUCCCAAAAGCUGCUAGAGGCAUCUUUGGAGGAACAGGACCUAGCUGUGGACGUGGGUGAGACUGGACCUCCACCACCAGCUCACCCCAAACUCCUAACCCCAGCUGGCCGCCCGAGUGGCCCAGAACCCAGGCCUCCAGCCAGAGUAGAGACUCUGAGGGAGGAGGUGCCUACAGACUUACGGGUGUUUGAGCUGAACUCAGACAGUGGGAAGUCCACACCCUCCAACAACGGAAAGAAAGGCUCAAGCACAGAUAUCAGUGAGGACUGGGAGAAGGACUUUGACUUGGACAUGACCGAAGAAGAAGUGCAGAUGGCCCUUUCCAAAGUGGACGCCUCCGGUGAGCUGGAAGAUGUGGAGUGGGAGGACUGGGAAUGAGGGGAGCCAGAGCAAGCAGCUCCCUCACCCACAGCAUCUCUCACCUCUCGCUCGCCUCAGCCUGGCCCUGGAAGACCUGACUGAGAAAUGUCCCCCAAAUGGCCUUUGUCAACCAGAGCUCUGGGCACAGUUUCCAGGUUGCUCCCUGCUGUCUCUUUAGCACCUAGAGGGAGCCUCUGACCACACCUAGAAAGGGGCUCUCUCCAUCCAAGCCAGGAACUCUGACUUCUGCCAACCAUAAGAUGACCUAAGGGGAGGAGACCUACCCCUCUCACCAGAAGAGCCUCCAUUUCUUACUGAACACCCCACUGUUCCUGGAAACUCCUGCUGGAAAGUCUCAAGGAAUAGCUCUAGCCCUUCUGCCUGUGUAGACAGAAGCUAACCCGCUGGUCUCGUGGAGUGAGCCAAGGCAGCACAGCCUGCCCAUCUGUGAGCAAGCAAGGAGGCCAUGCUCCCCACCCUUGGCUAGAAAGGGACCAAGAGCAUGUUUUGGUUCCUGUCCCAGUGAGAGGCAUUCAUCUCUGGGAAAUUUUUCUCUUGGGAAUCUCUUCCCUAACCCAGGCCUUUUCCAUUCCUGGAAAGAUUCCUUGUGGUUCAGAAUCUAAAGACCAAACCCUGAACUCCCACCUCCUUCCUUUCACCCAGCCUGACCCUGGUACGUCCCCAGGCCUUCCCAGGGCUUCAUGUCAGAUGCACCCAAGUCCUUAGCCCAGCUGUGCCACCUGCAAGAGUCUAUUCUUGCAUUUCGUCCCCUCCCCAAAAAGGGAGGAGGCCACUUCAGGCCCUUCUGUGCAUUGCCUGGUGGGAUACCUUGUCCAACCAGCUACCCACCUCGACUUCCCUGUAGCUUAGGACAUAAGCCAGCUACCAGCGGUACAGAGCAGUGAUCAAAGCCGAGUACUUACAAUCUGGGAAACCCGACACUUCCACCUCAACCCUUCUGCUGCUUGAAGGGAUGUGCUGAGGGUGAACUUUUCGAGACUCUCAUCAGGCUUCUGAAGACAGCCCCCGCCUCUGUGGCGCUCACCCUCCACUCUGGUACAUCUUGGGGGAAUGAGGGGCUGCAGGAUCCCUGGAGACUCUGGUGCUUUAUGUUGCUGCUCUGGUGAUUCUUGUACAUAACCUGGUGUGCUCACCGGUGACUUAAAGGGAUCAUGGUCAGGGAUGCCGAGGGGCGGGGUCACCUCCACUUUGGACCUUCAGUAGGGGGUGGGAUGGAGAGAAUGCAGAAUCUUUUUUUGACGGGAUGGGGUUUUUCUCUUUGUAAUUAUUUCUUUAGUUUAAUUAACCUUUUGGUUGGUUGUGCAAUAUUAUAUAUUUUAAAUUAUAAUGCAUCUCCCCAGAGUAUUUUGUAGCCAGGAAAAAGAAAAAAAAAAAAUUCUAACAGCUGUUAGUUUUGUAAUUAAAAAAGAAAGAACUUUAUCCCAAACCUUUUACAGACUUGCCGUUAACAGCAUUAAAGAAACUCAGCAGAAGCUG